UCUAAAAAAAACUAUAUUAAAUUUAAAUCUAUUGUAAAUCAUUUACUUGUUCUACCUCCAAAAGUGAAAACAUUUACAAUCACUCGAACUGUAUUAACGAGGCCGAAAGAAUUAGAGCAAAUGAGAAAACAUAUCACAGAACACCAUAAUAAUAGAAAACAUAAGGAAUCCAAUGAAACUGAAGAAAAUUUUGGUUUAUACGGAUAUUGCUUAUUAACUAUUCCAAUAAUUACUUUUGGACUUGGAACAUGGCAAAUUUGGAGAAGGGAUUGGAAAUUGAAUUUGAUAAAAGAUCUAGAAGCAAGGUUAUCCAGAGAACCAAUCGAUAUUCCAGAAAACUUAGAACAGUUGGCAAAUCUCGAUUUCUGUCCCAUGAAAGUAGAAGGUGAAUUCUUGUAUGACAAUGAAUUUGUUAUUGGGCCAAGAAGUUUAAUUAUUAAUGGUCAAGGAGCAUUGGAAGGAAAAGGAAACCUUAUUUCAGGUCAUUCUUUUAAUCGAGGCUACAAUGUUAUAACACCCUUCAAGGUAAAAAAUAGAAAUUUAACUAUUCUUGUGAAUAGAGGAUGGUUACCAAAAAAAUAUAAGUACCCAAAUGAGAGAUUAAAAUGCCAAGUAAAAGGUAAAAUGAAAAUAAUUGGCAUCAACAGAUUGAAUGAAAAAAGACCACAAUUUGUACCAAAAAAUGAACCAGAAAAAGAGAUUUGGCAUUACAGGGAUAUAUAUGAAAUGGCAGAAUUUGCUUCGACGGAUCCAGUGUAUUUGGAUAUGGUAGAACUCGAUUUUAAGCCUGGAAUGCCUAUUGGAACUCAAACAAGAAUGAAUCUACGAAAUGAACACCUAAGUUAUAUUAUUACUUGGUAUAGCUUAUCCGCUAUAACAGGAUUUUAUUGGUAUAGAAUAUUUGUUAAAAAAAUACCUAUUUUUUAAAUAUAUUCUUA